AGGAAAAGGUCUCAAGCGGAAAGUUCAUGAGUGCUUUUGUCAUCAAGCAGAUUUGGGACCUGGGUGACGCGGACAAAGAUGGCUACUUGGACAAAGAGGAAUUCAUUGUGGUCAUGCAUCUUGUGUACCGAGCCAUGGAGAAGGAGUCGGUGCCGCUUGCCCUGCCCCCAAGCCUUAUCCCACCCUCCAAAAGGAAAAAGGUGGCAGGCACAAUGCCCGGCGCCGUGGCUGUGCUGCCCUCCAGGUCUGCCUCCUUUGCUCUCAAGGACAGCACGAGAAGCGUCUCUCCCCUCCCCAGCGUCUCUCCCCUCGCCGUCUCUCCUUACGCCAGCCCGACGGCCACGCCAAUCUUAAAGCACACCUUUAAAGCCAGCAAACAGGUAUGCCGUCUACCUACAGUACAUGUGCACAUGCUGGCUAUACA